AUGGAAGGUGACAAGAGUAAGAAAGCGGGAGAGGGAGAUUCCAGCAUCCGUUACAGAGGUGUUAGAAGGCGACCAUGGGGGAAAUUCGCAGCGGAGAUUCGGGACUCGACGAGGCUAGGAGGACCUCGGUUGUGGCUGGGAACCUUUGAUACAGCGGAAGACGCCGCUCGAGCUUAUGAUCGAGCAGCUUUUGCAAUGAGGGGUGCCUCCGCUAUUCUAAACUUCCCAGAUGAACAUAUGGCUUCACCCACCACCAAUCCUCCACCUUCUUCAUCAAUGGCUUCUUCUUCUUCUUCUUCUUCAGCCAUAGAAAAUGCAGAAAGGAAGAGAGAGCAUGACACACAAGUUUUGGAGUUGGAGUACUUGGAUGACGAAUUGUUAGAGCAACUCCUUGAUUUUGAUAAUAAAGACACUAAAGACUGA